AGUCACAAUAUUCUUCUCUAUGAGGAUGGGCAUGCUGUGGUGGCUGAUUUUGGAGAAUCAAGAUUUUUACAGUCUCUGGAUGAAGACAACAUGACAAAACAACCUGGGAACCUCCGCUGGAUGGCUCCUGAGGUGUUCACACAAUGCACUCGCUACACCAUCAAAGCUGACGUCUUCAGCUACGCUCUGUGUCUGUGGGAACUUCUCACCGGCGAAAUCCCAUUCGCUCAUCUCAAGCCAGCGGCCGCGGCAGCAGACAUGGCUUACCAUCACAUCAGACCUCCCAUCGGCUAUUCCAUUCCCAAACCCAUAUCAUCUCUGCUGAUGCGAGGGUGGAAUGCAUGUCCUGAAGGAAGACCUGAGUUUUCUGAAGUUGUUAUGAAGUUAGAAGAGUGUCUCUGCAACAUUGAGAUGAUGUCUCCUGCAUCAAGUAAUAGCAGCGGGUCUCUCUCUCCUUCCUCUUCUUCUGACUGCCUGGUGAGCCGGGGAGGGCCUGGCCGGAGCCACGUGGCAGCCCUACGGAGUCGUUUUGAAUUAGAAUAUGCUCUGAAUGUGAGGUCCUAUGCUGCCUGGUCCCAAAGUACUGGGCAAUCUUCCUCUCAAGGUUUGUCUUCGGAGGAGAUGAAGAGAAGCCUUCAGUACUCACCGAUUGACAAAUAUGGCUACGUGUGUGAUCCCAUGAGCCCGAUGCACUUUCAUUCUUGUCGGAAUAGUGGCAGCUUUGAGGACAGCAACUGACAGCAUUCAGCGUAUACCUAAGGAGAGUUUUUCCCAAAUUGACAGCAAUAAUUCCAACCAUGGCAGGCUUGCUUCCAAUUACAAUAUUUUACCCUCUACGGUCUCCUUAAAUUGGCUUGUUUAUACUAGUCCUAUUUAAUUCUCUAUCUCAAAUUGGGCUUUGGAUUUGUAGCUAAAGAAUUAAAUGCAAAAGAACCAAGAUAGAAUGAAUAUGAAGAAUUGCUUUUAAUUUUGUAAAUGAAAAAACAAAUGUAUCUUAUUACUUGGAGAUGGGGCCUAAGUCUGUGGUGGGCACUAACAAUUCCUAUGUUUUCCUAGGCUGAAUUAUGUAGACUUGUGUUUGAGAGCUCUGGGUUUGAUUUCUUAGAAUAUUGUUCAUUAUUUUCUUACCUCAUUAUGUUACUUCUGGUGUUCAGCUCUGUGAUUAAAGAUUCUUUGGUGACACAGAAAA